AUGAAUGUCAAAAUUUCGAAGGUUGCAGCAGUUGCACUGCUCUUUAGCCUUGUCGUGUUCUCUCUUUCCAAACCAGCUUUGGCUAAGCCUGAGAAUGCACGGCCGGCCAAAGUAGCACCACUCAAAGUCGGGUUUUAUGCGAAAACAUGUCCACUUGCUGAGAAGGUAGUAAGAAAUGCGGUGAAUAAAGCCGUGUCACUCAAUCCAGGAAUGGCUGCUGGUCUCAUUAGAAUGCAUUUCCAUGACUGCUUUGUCAGGGGUUGUGAUGGUUCAGUAUUGCUGGAUUCAGUUCCGGGUAAACCAGUCGCAGAGAAAGAUAAUUUGGCGAAUAACCCAAGCCUCAGGGGGUUCGAGGUGAUUGACCAAGCAAAAUUUACAAUAGAGACUAUAUGCCCAAGAACAGUAUCGUGUGCAGAUAUUCUUGCAUUUGCUGCUCGUGAUAGUGCCCUUAAAGCUGGAAAUAUUUGGUAUGAAGUGCCGGCUGGACGACGUGAUGGCCUUGUUUCUUUAAGCUCCGAAGUUCUACAGGAACUCCCUCCACCUUUCUUCAAUGCCGAGCAACUUCAAGACAACUUCAAAAGAAAGGGACUGUCACUUGAUGAAAUGAUUACACUAUCUGGUGCACACUCCAUUGGUGUCUCUCACUGUUCUUCAUUUUCGAACCGUCUUUACAGUUUCAAUGCAACACACCCACAAGACCCUUCCUUGGAUUCUGCUUAUGCUGCAUUCUUGAAAGCCAGAUGCCCUCCCCCGGCGAAUAACACGGUUGACACGAUCGUGAAUCUUGAUAUUCAGACCCCGACCCGAUUGGACUAUAAAUACUAUACAAAUUUGCAGAGUCAUAGGGGGCUAUUCACUUCGGACCAGACAUUGUUGGACAGUCCCUUGACUAGGAAAUUGGUCGUGAACAAUGUUAUGUAUGGUAAUAGUUGGGCAAAAAAGUUUGGAGCUGCUAUGGUGCGCAUGGGUUCCAUUGAUGUUCUUGCUGGCAAACAAGGAGAGAUAAGGAAGAACUGCCGUUUCGUGAACUGA